AUGAGCGGCUCCCGCCUGCUGCGCGGCCUGCCCGUGAGUAGCGGCGGACGGCUGCGCCCGGGGGCGAGCAACGGCGGAGCGGAGGGCGGGGAGCCGGCCGGCACCGCCGCGCUCCGGAGCCGUUUCGUGCCUCGAAACACCACGGCGUGUCCGCACGGGCUGCCGGAGCACAGCUCGAGCGGCGGCACUGCUGCUGGUGUGGGUCCCGUCGGCGCAGAGCCUUCCCCGGUGGCUUUGGUGCGACGGCGGUACUCGUUUUGCUUUGGUGGCCCGAGUCUGGAGGAGGGGGGCUGGCUUUCCUGGGGUGAGAAGCAUCUGCCUCUCCUGGCUGCUGGGGGACUCAGGAGAAAGCCCCGCGUGGCCACCCGGUGCCACGCAUACAGCACCACGGAAGACAGCUCCUCCAGGCCGAUCGGGCGGUACCCAGUGCCAAACAAGAAGGACAUGCCAUACGAUAUCGUGGAGCUCAUGGAGGAGGUGGAAGUGAAGACUGGAUUUCUGCCCAAUGUCUUCAAGGCCAUGUCUCACCGACCUGCUGAAUUCAGAGCGUUUUUUGCUUAUUACAAUGUCAUCAUGAACAAAGAGACAGGGCGACUCAGUAAAGCGGACAAGGAGCUCAUCAUCGUGGCCACAAGCGCUGUGAAUAGAUGUCCCUACUGCGUGGUUGCACAUGGAGCGCUCCAUCGGAUAUACUCCAAGCAGCCGACGCUGGCUGACCAGGUCGUCGUGAACUGGAAGCUGGCGGACCUGAGCGGCCGGGACCUGGCCAUGCUGGAGUUCGCUCUCGCAGUCUGUCGGGCAGAUAACAUCACGGAGGAGCACUUCCAGAAGCUGGAGGCGCAUGGAUUUGACCGCGAAGACGCGUGGGACAUCGCCAUGAUCUCUGCCUUUUUCGCCAUGUCCAACCGCAUCGCCCAUUUCGUCGACCUGCGGCCCAACAACGAGUUCUACAACAUGGGCCGGACGCCGCACGAGGCGCGCAGGGAUCGCACCUGAGGCUGCGUUCUGGCAGCAACUCUCGCGCGUUGUUUGGAGCGUAUAAAAGUGGGGAAAAAAAGCCAAAA